UCCUUGUCUAAGGCUAGACCCCUAGACGUCACGAAAAUAUCAUGAUGGAACAUAAAAAACCGGUGUUUUUGUAAAUUAUUUUAGAAAUUUUUUUAAAAAAACUAAGAUUGAUUCUUUUAAAAGUACUUUUACAUCGUUAUUUUACACGGUUGUUUUAAGCAUUUAACUGUGACCACAGCAACAAAAAACUUUAAUCAUGGCACCACAUGGAAAAUGUGGAGAUUCUAGCCAUUCUCAGGAAUCUGAUGAAAUUGGAAUUCAUUACAGUUUAUAUGCAAAGAUCGACAAAGAGAAUUUAGAAUGUUUGAAUGAAGCUACUGAAGGUAGUGGAAAGACUGUCUUUAAACCAUGGGAAGAGCGGUUAAACUUUGAGGCGUUUGUGGAAUCUGAUGCCGAUGAGGAACUCCUAUUUAAUGUACCUUUUGUCGGGAAUAUUAAACUUAAAGCUAUUAAAAUAAUAGGAGAAGAUUCUGAAACUCAUCCCUCUAGAAUGAGAUUGUUCAAAAAUAGACCAAAAAUGACAUUUGAUGAUACCAGUGCCACUCCGGAUCAAGAAUUUGAAUUAGUUAGGGAUACUACAGGGGCUGCUGAAUAUGUAACUAAGAUAGUCACUUUCAACAACGUCAACCAUCUAACGUUACAUUUUCCAUCCAACUUCGGAGGAGAAAGUACUAAAAUAUAUUACAUAGGACUGAAAGGAGAAUUCUUCGAAGCUCACCAUCAUGGGGUUACUAUAUGUACAUACGAAGCUAGACCAAUGGCGCAGGACCACAAGAAUCCCCUUAAUGAAAUCAAUCAAUCUCAAUUGGGCAAAUAACAAAAAUAAUCAAUUUUCGUUGAAAGCAAACAAAAACAUUCAUAAGAUAAGUGCGAUAUGCCAAACAUAUUAUUCAUUUUUCUGCCUGUCUAUUUUGCGACAACUAACAGAUUGCGCCUCCAAGCUUUAAGGUUGUGAACUUUUAAUAUUCUUAUUUAUUUACAUGCUGGAUAAGGUCAGUUUUUCUUAGCUUUUUUAAUCAUUAUCCGUUUGUGUCUACUUUUAUUUCAUGUGUUUAUGUUGAUUGUUUUUGGACUCAAUACCGUUUUUAUUAUACUUUUAUAAAUAAAAUUUAACCUAACAUAACCUGUAAAGUUCUCUGUCAUCAUUGUUAAUUCGUUCUCUAAUGUUUUUGCUUCCGAUCUUGUAGGAUUAUUUUUUAUUUUCUUAUUUCAUCACUGAAGGUUUAUAGAGUUUUAACAGCUCAUUAAUGAAAUAAAACCUUUGAAAGAUUUAAAUUAUCAAAAAAAAAUACUAGAUUUAUUUUAAAAGGUAUAUUUUAAAAUACCCUAAAAAAGGGUCACAAGACAAAACGUUUUCGGAUUAAGAAAUAUAUCAUCAGUGUUCUAAAAGCUAAAAAAUAGCAUGCCUGAGCCACCAAAAUGUGUUGUAAAAACCCUUUAAAUGUAAAAGAUUAUGUUAUGUUACAUAUUUGAAUAAAAUAUUGAUGAUGUUCUACAUAUGCCUGGAUGUUCCCAGGACUCUGCCCACGUGGUUGGAAUUUUUUUUCCGAAAAAAAAAAUUAUGUUAUGUUACAUAUUUGAAUAAAAUGUUAAUGAUGUUCUAGAUAUGCCUGGAUGUUACCCAGGGCCACACAGGACUCUUCCCACGUGGUCCUUUAUUGCCCUGGGUAACUUCAGGCAUAUCUAGAACAUCAUUAACAUUUUAUUCAAAUAUGUAACAUAACAUAAUCUUUUACAUUUAAAGGGUUUUUACCCAACACAUUUUGGUGGCUCAGGCAUGCUAUUUUUUGGCUUCUAGAACACUGAUGAUGGAUUUCUUAAUCCAAAAACGUUUUGUCUUGUGACCCUUUUUAGGGUAUUUUAAAAUAUACCUUUUACAAUAAAUUUAUUUUCCUCGUGAAUUAUUUAAAUUAUCAAUUUCUUUCAUGGUUUUAGGAAUCGUGAUGCUUAAACUAUUGAGUGACCGGGACUGUACCUCUAUUACUGGAAGGUUCUGUAGAUCAUUAUGAAAUAUAAUACAGAAGAAUUGCCAGUUUCUUUCGAAUAUGGUGUUUUCCAGAUAGUCUUACUAUAAUCCAGAAUUUAUGACUGAAACAGAUCAAACGCGCCCUCUAUUGGUAUCAAAACGAAAACCUCUCAAUAUUCGCUUUCACUCUUUUCUGAUAUAAAAAUUUUGUUAUAAUUGUUGAGAUAUCCCCAUUCCUGAAUAUUUAUAGAAGUUUUGCAUAUAUGAAGUACAAUAUACAGAAGACUUAAAUUGCCCGUUUCUUUCGGUUUUUUAGAAACUUUACCGUCUGUUUUAAAAAUAUAUUACUGGAUAAUCAUUUUAAGUUACCUUUUAUUUUUAUAAGGGUGCAUAGUGUGAUCGGAAAUACGUUUUACUAAAAUCAGGAAUUUAUAACCUCGAUAGAUCAAACGCGCCAUCUAUUGGCCGUUGUACAAACGAAAACCGCCAUGAAUAAUUUAUUUUAGUCUUUUCUGGUAUAAAAAAUAUUGUUUUUAUGCUUAAGGUAGCUCAGUUUUUCAAGAUAUACACUCCGCCAAAAAAGUAUCGCAUCACCUUAAAAAUGGUACAUUUUUAAUGUCUCAUAUUUCCUAAACCUGUUGUUCGAUUUUAUUGAUUUUUUAAUAUGUUAUAGCUUUAUUCUUCAAGAAUAUCGAUGUAAUAAUAGUGUUGCUAAACAGGUAAGUGUCAUUGUAUACCGGGUGUAACAAUGAUAGUGUGUUUUUUCCUCAAAGUUUGGAACACCCUGUGGAAUAUUCUAGCGUAUAUAAAAUAUUGAAAUUAAAAUUCAACUGUAACCUUAGGCCAUCUAAACAUUUUGCUUUUUGAUUCAUUCGCUUAUGUUGGAUAAUAAAAAAGUUAGGUACUUUAACAACUAGCAACGUUCUUCAUCAAUACAGGGUGUUUCUAAAUAAGUGCGACAAACUUUAAGGGGUAAUUCUGCAUGAAAAAAUAAUGACAGUUUGCUUUAUACACAUAUCUCCGCAAAUGCUUCGUUUCCGAGAUGUUGAAUUUUUUCUUACAAACUGACGAUUUAUUUAUUGCUCUAAAACCGGUUGAGAUAUACAAAUGAAAUUUGGUAGGUUUUAAGAGGUAGUUAUUGCGCAUUUUUUGACGUACAAUUAAGAAUUUUAUAUUCACCAUUGGCGUGCAUACGGGUAAUAUGACCCGUAUGCACGCCAAUGGUGAAUAUAAAAUUCUUAAUUGUACGUCAAAAAAUGCGCAAUAACUACCUCUUAAAACCUACCAAAUUUCAUUUGUAUAUCUCAACCGGUUUUAGAGCAAUAAAUAAAUCGUCAGUUUGUAAGAAAAAAUUCAACAUCCCGUAUCUCGGAAACGAAGCACUUGCGGACACAUGUUUAUAAAGUAAACGGUCAUUAUUUUUUCAUGCAGAAUUACCCCUUAAAGUUUGUCGCACUUAUUUAGAAACGCUUUGUUUUGAUGAAGAACGUUGCUAGUUGUUAAAGUACCUAACUUUUUAUUAUCCAACAUAAGCGAAUGAAUCAAAAAGCAAAAUGUUUAGAUGGCCUAAGGUUACAGUUGAGUUUUAAUUUCAAUAUUUUGUAUACGCUAGAAUAUUCCACAGUGUGUUCCAAACUUUGAGGAAAAAACACACUAUCAUUGUUACACCCGGUAUACAAUGACACUUAUGUGUUUAGCAACAAUAUUAUUACGUCGAUAUUCUUGAAGAAUAAAGCUAUAACAUAUUAAAAAAAUCACUAAAAUCGAACAACAGGUUUAGGAAAUAUGAGACAUUUAAAAUGUCCCAUUUUUAAGGUGAUGCCAUAAUUUUGACGCUUAGUGUAUAUAGAUUUGUGCAUUUCCUUAAUGGAAUAUAGUCUUCAGAAGAUUUAUACUACCAAUUCCCAUCGUGCUUUAGAAACUGUGUCCCCUGUUUUGAAAUAUCGUAUGCUAGUGAUUUUAGAUUUACCUUUAGAAGAGUACAUGUUGUGAUUGCAGAUAGUUUUUACUAAAAUCCCGAAUUUAUCAUUUCGAUAUGUUAAAAGUGCCAUCUUUUGGCCUUUAUAAAAACGAAAACCUCUAUAAAACCUCUUUUUACGUAUAAAUGUUGUUCUACUGCUUGGUUUACUCCUAUUUUUGAAUAUUUAGUGAUAUCUUUAUAGUAUUCAGAAGAUGGAAAUUAUUCAUUCUUUUCGUGUUAUGAUUAUUUGAAUAUUUCUCAGUAUUUCCAUAUUUCCUAACCAAUCUACUCUUCGGGACUUUCUAAAGCGUCUCAUCUUUAUCUCGUGUAAUAUUUUUUUCACCCCAAAUUCUUUAUUAAUACCUUAAUUGUAGAAUUGCAGCUAAAUAACGUUAAAAACAACUCUUUUACACUUUGAGUGCUCUAGUCUUUUGUACUUAGUUUGGAUUCUUUUUGGUCUUGUCUCUUUUUUUUUCAAUUUGUAAGAUUUGUCUUGUUUACCUCGUUUUAUCUUUUUUUCCAUUAUAUAAUCGUAUUUACUUUAUUUAAGAAAUCAUUUUUUUAUCGCGGCCUACAAACACCAAACAGAAUGUAUCAGUAUCUAAACACUAUUAGCUUUGUUCGCAGACAGUCCAUGACUGGUUUCUAACUGAUUCGCAUGCGCAGUUCCGUUUUCAAGCGCUUGAAGACGGAACUGCGCAUGCGAAUCAGUCAUGAACUGUAUCUGCGAACAAAGCUAUUGUUUACUUACACUGGGGUAAAUCAAUAAUGAAAUUCAAAAUAUAUUUUUGGAAAUACAGUAGAACCUCGCAAAUCCGAACCCCGCUAAUCCGAACGUUCGGCAAAUCCGAACCAACGGAAAGUGAAAAAUAUUAAAAAAUUCAAGACAAAACUUAAAAACAUGUUUAUUAUACAGAGUAAAACCAGAAAAUUGAACAAUGUAGGAUUAAUAGGAUUUUGACAUUUAAAAUUUCUUAAAAAUAAAUACGUACUUUAAUAUGUAGUGCUUAUACAGGUUAAACAUAAACUUACUUUGGUUCUCUUGUAGUCAACUUGAGUCCAAAAUUAUUGUCCACACUCUUGCGAGAACGUUUUGCGACUCAAAAUCAACGACAAUGAAAGCUUUGAUUUACUAGUUAGGCUAACUUUCGGAUAAUCCGAACUUUUCGAAAUCCGAACAGGCUGUCCCCCCAAUUAGUUCGGAUUUUCGGGGUUCCACUGUAUUAUUGUUAUGUAGAUUUUACGAAAGUUUAUUUAAAACUGAUUCAACUUAUUUCAUUGUAUUUAAUAAAGUUGUAAUUUUAUAUACCAAUAAUUUAAUAUCCCAUUACAACGAACUAAUUCUCUAAAUUUGUAAUGUCUCAUAACUAGUAUCUUAUAAUAUUGUUAAUAUAACUAUUUUUGGCUGUGAAAAGAAUCAAUUUUGUAAAUACCAUUAAACUCUAGUUAUAUUAUUAAA